UUAGGGUGUUUUUUUUCAACGAAAGAGUGGAGAUUUUGCAGCCGAUCUUUGUUCAUUGCUCUUCGAUGGACGGAAAAGAUGAGGGAUCAUCGGAUUCAGCAGCUCCGGUAGCCGUCGAUCUAGCAGAAGUGGACCUGACGGGGAAGGUGCAUCAGCUGCCGUGCUGCAUCAAGCACGAUGGACCCACCCCUGUUUCUCACUACUUCAAGCCCAAACCCACUGAAAUGGAGGUGGAUGGGUUCAAAGUGGAGGAAGCACACUUCAGAGGGAGGAAAUUGCACGGAACCACUGUUGCUCUUCCAAUUGGCUAUUCUGGUUUCAUCAUAGGAAAGAAAGGUAGUGAUCAAGGGAAUAAUGACGCGAACUCGCACUGCUGGGAGACAGCUGCGACUUUUGAUGAUAUCACGGUCUGGAAUCACGAAGCAAUCCCUUCAAAAGAUGAUGCAUUCUUGCGCGCUUUUCACUGGUUUGCCGCUGCCAAUGCUCUGCAUCAAAUUGUAACUGCUGAAGAUUUGGAAUCCGCGUGCAUUGAUUAGAGGCUGGUUUUAUUUUACAAUGGCCAAUGAUGACAGACCUUGACUAGGCAGGAAUGUGCUUUGAACUCUUCCAUGCCUUACAAUAUGCAAAAUAUGAUUCUCCAUCUAUCAUUUCUUGCUGUUAAAUAUGGCUAGGAACAUUAUUCUUCAUUCAUUGAUUCUCUCUUUUAUCUUUCUUUGCUUUAGAUUAAACUAGUACGGAGUAUUUAAGAUCUGCCAAAACUUUUAAUUAAAAGUAGUUGAAGUCCACGGCUCAUAGCUCUUGAGGAAAGGAAUGUGCUUUGAAAUUGUCUACGCAUUACAAUAUGAUUCUCCAUCUAUAAUUUCUUGCUGUUAAAUAUGGCUUAGGAAUAUUUUUCUUCUUUUCAUUGAUUCUCUUGUUUUCUUUCUUUGCAGUAGAGUGAAUUAGUCUUUAAGUUCUGCGUUCCACGAGUAAGACAAGUGGGCGCGAAAAGUUUAGUUAAAAGUAGUUGAAGCCCACGGUUCACAGCUCUUGAAGAAAUGGUGGCUGGCUCUUUACUCUUUAGUAUAGAUGCAUUAAGCUUAUUGCUCCACUAUGUUUUAUUUAUUCUCACUUAUUUUGAGGAGUAUCUUAAAUUGUUUAUCUUGUUUAGUUCCUGGGAAAUACUUUGAUAGUUUGAUGCAAUUACUUGAAUUAAAUAUAUGCAGAUUGCA